AUGAUUGAUCAAAGUAAUCGUGCUGGACGACCAAAUGGUGUCAGUGUUUUUAAAAAUAGAAGGCGGAAAAGUAGCGGUCAAAGUCCUGGUCCAUCACCUGAUUUACUUGGUGUUGGCCAUACUUAUAGUCCGGACAGUAAUCAAUUAAGUGCAGCGGCAGCAGCAGCGGCAGGUUAUCCAGCACAAGCGAUGUUUCCUAGUAAUCCGUACGCUGCCGGUAUUGCUCAUCCGGCAUUUACCAAUCCAGCUGCACUAACGGGCCAUAUGUUUAUGCCGGGACCGAUGAGCCAUAUGAUGGCACCGUACAGUGGGGCACAAACGCAGAUGGGCGCAAAUGUAUGGAUGGAAUCGUUGAUGCCAGGCCAUAUGUCUAUGGAUGCAUAA